AUGAAGGUUCUAAGCAGAGUGAUACUGGACAGAAUUGCAGAAGUAACAGAUCCCUUAAUGCGUCAAAAACAAGCAGGCUUCAGGAAAGGGAAGUCGUGCGUUGAUCAGAUAUUUGCUCUCAGACAAAUUCUAGAACAAAGCAAUGAAUGGAACUCCCCAUUAUACAUCAAUUUCAUUGACUUCAUCAAAGCUUUUGAUAGUGUUAAUCGCCUAGCCCUAGAAAGAAUCCUUCGUCAUUAUGGAAUCCCAGAUAAAAUCAUCUCCAUCAUCAAGAUGCAAUACACUGAACUUAAUGUCAGAGUUAUCUGUGGAUCAAGCCUAUCAGAGGAGUUUAAAUUGACGAGUGAAACAGGGAUGUCUGCUCUCUCCUCUUCUCUUUACCUUCUGCAUCGACUGGAUUAUGCGAAAAACAACUAG